CGUAAGUUGGCACGGCCGUCGAAAAAGCAGAGGCCAAUUUGAAUCGACGAAACCGAGCGUCGUAAACAUACCGAAUACAAAUUCAUAUCGAAAUGAAAACAACAACAAAAAACACACACAUAGCGGGCGCAAAACGGGCGGCAUAGAAAAAUUAAAUGUGUACGUAGAUAUAAACUGAGACCCGGCAUAAGAAGUGAGCUGGGUGGCAGAAAGGUGUUUUGUUAGCUAUUUACAUAUGUAGGUAUGUAUGUACAUAUGUAUGUAGGUAUGUAACUGACUGGGCUCUGUAAGCUAGUGAGCGCCCUAAAAGCAUUCUCAUAGCGGGCGCGCGCUCUGAAACUUAUUUCGCCUACACUGAGGAGCGUAGUGGCGCUGAGCUAUUUUCAUUUUCGUUUUGGUAACGAGUAAACAGUUCGGCGUGAAACAGUUUUGUGCUUGUGGCGGGCGUGAUUGAAUUCUGAUUUAAUGAAAUUGAUUUAAAGUACGUACGAGUAUGUAGCGAAAAUAUUUUCGGACGUUUUCGGAAUAAUUAAAAACGAAAUAAGUGACCACAAAAACAAGUGCAUAGUGCAGAAAAAAGCUCUCGCAGGCAGAAAGGGACUCUCGUUCAUUUUUUUUUGUGUGCUAUUUGGUGUGAAAAUCUGUUGUACUUUCGGGAUGAAAGAAUCAAAAAUGAAAAUAUAACAAAAACAAAAAAAAAAAAAAUUACUCUAAAACAAAUACAGUGCAUUUGUAGUUCAAAAGCAGAAGGGAGCGUGAAAAAAAUAUAAAUCUUUGCAGCAGAAAUGUUAUGAGUUUUUCCCAAGAGUAAAAAAAAUAGCUCUCUUUCUUAUUGUUAUUAUGAAUUUGUAAUAUUAAACGCACCACGCGCAGCAACGCUUAUACUGUUUAACGGCACAUCCGGCGGAUAUUCGUUUUUGGUUAUCUUCAUAUUGACAGCGACCGGUGGACACAGUGGAGCUGGCUUUUAAAAGUAAACUCGCGCCCAAACAUAGUCGUCUGCUGGUGCAACAAGUGCAGUGCCAAAAUUUUGUCGCGCAGCGAACGACGCAGAGUUCGUGGUAUCUUUUCUAACGGAAGUUUGACAAAAUGUCUGUGGACAAUCCAUACUACUUCUACAAUGACAGCAAAUCGCCACGCACACCGGAUUCGCAGAGCUCCAGCAAGGCGUUUUCGAUAUUCAAGAGACGCAAUUCAAAAGGCAGCAGUCCGCGCGUCAUCAUACCGGAACAAACGCGGCUAAUCACUUCGGCGAAUCUCGACUCGGCAGCCACAAUGGCACUAGGCAGUCCUCGUGGCAGUUUCGGUUCUCUGGGCGGCUUCUCACAACAAUCUUUUGAACUGCAGCCGUUGAUGUAUCGUCAGCGUUCGUCGAACUCACAUUCGGAAACGUUCCGCGAACGGCUGGGCUCCUACAAUGAAUCGAAUUCCAGUAGCGUUGGCGGUGGCGGUGGUGGAGGCGCAGACUUUGAUGAUGUCUUUUGCAUGUCGCCCUCAAGCAAACAUCAUCAUACUCUGCCAAACAGCAAUACUCGACGUCAUUCCUUCGGCAAUUGGCGGCAGGCGAACGAACGCCAUCACCACAAGAACACGGCACUCAGCACACCGGAUGAGGUGCCAAAUAUGAUGGCCCCACGACCGCCCGUCUUAUCGCCAAACAAGUAUCGCGGCUUGCAUCGACGAAGAGAUAACUGCGGCACAGUGAGCAACUCAUCAUCGAACGGUUCGGGUCCCUACAAUAUGGACGACAUACUCAUUAUCACAGCGAAGCAUAGCGAACGCGCCAUAUUGCGCGCCAACUUCUUGAAGAAUCACUUCGAUAAGAUCACAAAGCAACGUGGCCGCAAGCCAUUCAAUUUUUUACAUAUCAAAAUCGAAGAUGGCCCCUUCAGCGAGGAGAUCGCGCACAAAUACCAAAACACAGCCUUACAGAUUGUCAUACUCUGUCCGGCACUAUUGGCGCUCUCACACUCAUUUCUACUCUCGCAAUUAACCGCUAUUAUACGUGUGGAGAAAGUGUUGGGUAUUUUGUUGGAUAUUACCGAAGAAAAAGUCAAGGAAAUACAAAAAACAGCACUGCCAAAUUACUAUAAGUGGCGUCGCUGCACUAUACGCGACAACGAUCAGGCACAAAUAAGCAACAUACUUGGAAUAGCCACAGAUAUCUUGGGUCGCGCACUCUGUCAGCGCCCACCGUGUCAUGAUCACAGCAGCAUAUCGCGCAGUUUCUCCAGCUGCUCGGAGGGUUUUACUAUACUGCCGAAGAAAGUGAAGAUUGGACAAAAUAAGGUUGUGGCUAUGCUAGCCGAACCGCUGGAAAAGGAUGAUACAAUCAAGAUAAUGGUAGAGAAAUCCGGAGAGCUAAUUGAGAUAAGAAAUUUCAAAUGUCGUAAUCCAUUCACAGUGCAGUUCUCCAUACCAGAGUCCUGCAUGGAAAUAUCCACCAUGGUCGAAAUACGCAUAGAGAAGAACGAGAAGAGUCUUGGCGCGCGUCCAAUCAAAUGCGAAAGUCGUAUGCGUGAGCUGGAACAGCUAUUACGCACUGAAGACUCACCCAUUGAAUUCAUGUGCCACUCAUUGGGUAUCGGACCAGCAGAGCGUGAUGUGCUCGAUUUGCAUUUGCUACAGUGCUUCCAGAAAAAUAUGCCGCCCAAUUUUCAUUUGCUCAAUGGCCCCUACGAGAAGCAGCAUCACUUCCUAACCAUACGCGAAUCAAGUCCCGAGGAAUAUCCCACGCUGUUACACUUCGCGGCACGUUGGGGUCUUAAUCGCCUUUGUAUACAGCUGAUGGAGUGCCCGGGCGGCGACACAGCAUGCGGCAUACGCAACUGCACUGGCAAAACACCAGCCGAAUUGGCCGAACAGGAGGGGCAUCACAAGCUGGCGACGAACAUUGUCAGCUUCUCCGAGUUUCAUGAGCUCACCACAAUGUAUCACUACUUUAAGGGUAUUAGUGGAACUGGCACGCAUAACCACAACAAUCAGCCAAUGGUAAAUGGCAAAAUAGAUAACAACAAUCAAAACCUCAACAAUCCGAGUAGCAACAAGGUCGUGAUUGAGGUGGUAAAAUCGACACCAGCCUCACCAAAAGUCAAGCAACCCAAACCACAGAAGCCCAUUCCGCAAGAACCACAGGAAACACUGUCUGCGGAGUAUAUGGAAAUGUCAAGCGGUUCGGAGCGUGAAAACACACCUGACGCUAAGCCGAAGGUGGAGACAUUAGCCGUGUCGAACUUGAAUUAUAUUAGCGUUGAAGCAGAAGAUGAGAAUUUGCAGGGCUCGUCCGCAGACGUAUGUAAGAAUUUCGAGAAAGUAUUAACCACACCGGAGAUAACUACAAAUGAACUGCGUAUAAGUGAGCCACCCUAUUAUCAAUCAAAAGAGCAGAACAAAUCUGUCGAUGUAACCGAUUCACCCUAUCAAACUGACAAGUUCAGUCACGAAUGCUCACAAUUACUCGAGAACUGCAGCGGCACCACAGCUGGUAAUGACUAUGUGCUACAACCCGCCAAUAUGCCAAUUCCACCAAAGCUGGUUACUACACAAACGCCAGCAGACAUAGCCAGCGCGAAUGCUGAUGACGGCAACUAUCUCUUCCAACCCUCUAAUCGACCGGUUGAGGAUGAAUUGUUGCCACAAAACCGGCUCAGUCUGACGCGUUCGUUGAGCUCAUCUUCGCGCCCCGGACAAAACCCCACGUACGGCACAUUGAAACGCACCGCUUCGGAUGCAUCGAGCGCGACAACGCGUUCGAAUGCCGAUGACGAGCUGGCCGAGAUAAUGCACGACUUCAAGAACAAUGUGCUCAGCAUACGCGAUGUGGAGGUGUUGGUUGAAAAGUGGAAGCAUCGCAACGAUGUGCAACAGAGCUUUCGUGAAAAACAAGAACAAAUCGAUCAGAUGCGUAAGGAGUACGAGCGUAUACAGGACAAUCUCAGAUCGCAGCUAAAACGGGAGACACCAUUCGAAAAAAUCAAGAAACUCUUCUCACGCCAUAAGUCCACAACGCCGCUGUCGGAGAAAACCGUCGGCACGGAUAGUGCGCUCGAUGAAACCAAAUCAUCUAUCACGACAAGUUCAAGCUUCAAAUCUUCACAACGUCCCAUUAGCUCACUAAGCUUGCAGAGUGUGUCAUCAUCUUCAUCGUCUGGCCGCCUUAGCACCGGUAGCAACUGCAGCGGCACAUCACUAGGUGACUCCGGCACACACUCCGACCACGAAGAACGACGCUUCGGUUGUCGGCUCGGUUCGCCUGGAACGUUAAUGGACAACUAUCUCGUACCACCACCACCGCGACCAGUGCUCACACCUAACUCAACCCCCGGCGAAGAGCGUCAUCAACUGGUCUUUCCCUCACCGAAAUCAUCACACCAAAGGCUAAACACGCCGACAAGUCCCACCGGCAGCGAGCACUACCAGAUGUUUCCAUCGAACAUACCUGUUUACACCAGCCAAAAUCUGUCAACAUCACAGCCAAAUAACUAUCUGAAUACAAUAAUGGAGGCAAAAGAACACGAUGGUGGUGGUGGUGGUGGUGCUGCUGCUGCUGCUGCUGCUACUACUACCAACAGCAGCAACAACAGUCAUCAAUACCAAAAUGGUGUGACAUUGCAGCCAAUCAAAAUUAACGAACGCUCAAAUAUCAUCUACGGCAAGCUGAUGAAAGCAUCGCCCACAUGCAGCUCCUUCAAACCGAAACAGGUGGCUGUGCCGCAGGUGGGUAGCAUUGAAGUGCAGGCAGAGGUUUAUCAGAAUAUCGGCUCCAAUCUGGAACACAUCAAAGAGGGCGAAAUGGCAAAGGAUUUGGUGAAAGAGAAUACGACAGGCGAAACAGCGACUGAAGCGCCAAACUAUAUGAACUGCUGAGCGGCGCGAAGAGGGAGAAAGAAAGAGUAAGAGUAAGAGCAUACGAGAGAGAGAGAGAGAGGGGCAGGUAGUAAAAGUCGAGAAAAAAUAUGAGGAGUUGCCUAGUAUCAGCAAGCCUUGAAACUUGCGUUGGAGUUCAGGAUCGUCGAAGGUUUUUGCCAACGCUCGCAUAGCGAAGAUCAACUCACCAUCUUUACAACUUCUAAAAUAUAAUUUUUAUAUAAUCUUAUGUGCAGUAAGUUUUAGCAUAGGCAUGAGCAUAAAUCAUUACAGCUAUUUAAGUCGCAAAAAAAAAAUCACACAUUUCGGUGAAAGCUCAAAAUAUUGUAAAUAAGCACAAAACUGUUGAAAACUCUAGUAUUUUUUAAGUGUUAACAAAUUUAAGUUGUAGUUGUAUGUUUAAUUGAUUUGCGUUUAUCAAAACGUUGUAUUUAAAAGAAUACGAAAUGAGUAUGAACUAGUUGACAACAUUAAAAUAAUCUAUAAUUAAAAAAAAUAAUAAUUAAAAAAAUAUUAAUAAUUAAGAACUCGAAGCAAGGACGCGAAUAAACUCGAUUUGUUAGCGCCAGCUUUCUUUCAUUUAAGGUUAUGGGCAAAAUGUUCGAAGGCGAAUUAAAUCUAACUGAGACUCUUUUUCACUGCAGACAUUUGAGACUGUUAUGAAAAAUUUAACAAGAAACCGUUAGAAUGGAAGACCUUAGAAUUUAAGUACAAACGCAAAAGCAAAUAGCCCUUCAGCGCGCCCGGCGAGAAUUGAAAUUCGAGACCUGGUGGUGCCGUGGUGGCAAUCGUUUGAAGAGUCUCAACUACAAAUUGACCAAAAAAUGUGUGAGUAUUCGAUAAAAAAAAAUAUUCUCGAAAAUAUUCACUAUUUCCUUUCCACAAAUCAUUCACCAAACUUACUUGUAUCUGAGUUAAGUAUUCUUAUAAGGAUUCUAUAGAUUAGCGUUUUAAAUGUACAGCAACAACCAAACUAAUUGCACGCAUAUCAUCACUGGUUAGUUAGAAAAGUAAAUUAUUUUAUUAUGUAGUUAAAAUUUUAUUUUUCAAAAUGUAUGACUACACCUUUUUCUUAUAAAAGGGUUUAACUUUAAGUUUGUAUGUAUUGAAGGCAAUCAAAUAAAAACGAACAAACCAACGAUUUUUAUUUUUCAGUACAAUUUAUUUGCUUUAUAUUCGUGUGAAUAUUUUGUAUGCUAUUUAAAAUAACCAAAAUGUACGUUUUUUUUAAGAAAUUCUAUUCAAUAUAAAAAAUUAUUACUUAGGAUUAUAAAAAACGGCAUGCACAUUCACAUGUAUGUAUGUUUGUAUGUAUCGAUGAAAGUUCUCGCAAGAAUUAAAAAUCAUAAUAAAUACCGAUUUUAUAUGUAAAUUGCUGACUAUUCUUAA